AUGGGAACCUACACGUUCAAGUGGCCCAACGCUGGCGAGAGCGUCUUUGUGACAGGCACCUUUGACGAGUGGAAAAAGACGGUCCAGCUGGAAAAGGUUGGCGACAAUUUCGAAAAGAUCGUGACGCUCCCCGAGUCCACCGAAAAGAUUUACUACAAGUUUGUUGUGGACGGCCAGUGGACUGUAAACCAGGCUGCCCCGAAAGAGAACGACGCGAGCGGCAUUGAGAACAACGUACUCACCCCCGAAGACAUCAUCAAGAGCGCGCCUGCAGAGACCGCCAUCAUCAACUCCGUCGCCCCUGAAUCCACCACAGUUGCCUUAGCAGCAGACGCUCCUUUGGAAAAUAAGGAGAAGGAGGACAAGGAACCCGCAGCCGAAACAGAAGGAGAAAUGUCCAAGGAUUCCAAGGACUCGCCUGUCCCAGGCGCUUUCCCCGAGACACCGGCAGCUGAGUUGGAUAAGGAGGUCAAGAUUAACCCGCUCCCUGCUUCUGACGGCGCCGUAAACCCCAUCAAGCUUGCGCCUGGUGAGAAGAUUCCCGAGGAAUUCAAGACCGCCGACAUCAACGCAAAUGUCAAGCUUGAUCCCGAGUCAUACGAGAAGGCGGACACUCUCGCCGGCGUCUCUACUACUAUCCCCCCUGUCAGCAGCACCAUGAUCCCCGAGUCGAGCUUGCCCAUCGCCGCCGCAAACGAUGUCACCGUUAGCUCGGUUGGCCCUGAGUCAACAACCGUUGCCUUGGCUGCCGAGGCGCCCCUGGAGCCCAAGGCCCCCGCAAUCGUCAAGGAGAGCCAGGAGAAGGCUGGCGUUGACCCUGAGGCCAGCGCCGUCAGCGAAGAGAUCAAGGAGAAGAACGAGGUGGAGGCCGAGCUUCUGAGCAAGGUGCCCGAGGCACCUUCGACCUCUGAGGGAACCGCCGGCAAGGGGACCGAGAAGUCGGAAAAUGACAAGACCCUCGCUGAAACGGCGGCUGCAGCGGCCGCCGGUGUUGUGAGUGCUGCUGUCGCUGUCAAGGACAGCGCAGUCGACCAGGCCACCGCCGCCGCUGCGCAGCUACCCGACUCAGUCAAGCAGAGUCUCCCUGCCUCUGUGCAGAGCGCAAUUGCGCCAGCGGCUCAGGAAAGUGUGCGACAGGAAGUCUCACCUGAGGUCCCUGUUGAGGUGAAGGAGUCCAUCAAGGAGGCUGGUGAGAGCCCGGAGGCUGCGGCCAACACGGCGGCCGUUGAGGAGAAGAAGAAGAUAGAGGCGGAGCUUCUCAAGGAGGUUGCAACAGCUCCUGCCGUUGGCGAAGAGUCAAAGAAGGUCGAAGAGAAGGCCGAGGAAAAGGCCGAGGAGAAGGCUGAGGAGAAGGCUCCUGAGAAGACAGACAAGACUGAAGAUGACAAGCCUGCGACCAACGGCUCUUCGGAGCCAACCACCAAGGUCGUCAAGGAGCCUGAACCCACAGCAACCAAGGCGCCAGAGACGCCAACCAAGAAGGUCGAGACUCCGAGCAUGGCCGCCUCUGGGGACAGCCCGGCGACGGCCGAGAAGAAGAAGAAGAACCGGUUCAGCACCAUGAUCAGCAAGGUCAAGAGCAAGCUGUCCAGCAAGGAUUCCAAGUGA